GUCAGACGUCAGAUGCACAUGUCGCCAAGCUUGAAAUAUUGUUUUUCAAAUGAAAUUUGAAUAUAUGAUUGGAGUAUUUACGAGACCAAGAUAAAAUUAAUUAUUUAUAAAUUGAUAUUGCUCAAGAAAAUGUUAAUAAUCAUUUAUAAAUUUGAAUGAAAAGAAGUAAUAAUCGUAUGUAAUACGAUACGAAUUAGAGGUGUUUAAUAUGAACGCCCAAGAAAUGACGAACGAAUUCAAAUUCAGUAUGUUGGAGGGUAAAAUAGAUAGUCGUAUAUUAAAAAGUUUGUCAUCCAUGGGAUUGGAAAAUCCAACACAAAUCCAAGCGAAAACUUUACCAUAUAUACUACUUGGUGACGAUAUAAUAGGAGCUGCAAAAACUGGAAGUGGGAAAACACUAGCAUUUUUAAUACCAGCCAUAGAAAAAUUAAUCAAUUUAGGAUUCACUAAAAAUAAAGGUGUUGGUUGUUUAAUAAUUUCUCCAACAAGAGAAUUAGCACUCCAGACAAAUGAGGUUUUAAAGAAACUGCUGACUGAUAUUAAACUAACGCACAGUUUGAUCAUUGGUGGUGAAAAAAAAAUGAAAGAAAUAAUGUUAUUGCAAAAAGGUGUUAAUAUAAUUGUUGGGACACCAGGACGGAUACUAGAUCAUUUAGAAAAUACUGAAAAUUUUAACUGCAAAAACUUAAAGUGCCUUAUCUUAGAUGAGGCUGAUAAAUUACUUGAAGCUGGCUUUGAGAAAGUUAUUGUAGGAAUCAUUAAAAAACUACCAAAAAACAGACAAACUGUUUUGUUCAGUGCAACAAUAGAUGAUAGGGUAGAGAGAUUAGCAAGGAUGACAUUAAAAAGUAAUCCCAAAGUAAUAGAUAUAAAGGACAAUAAACAAUCUACAGUUGUUGGUCUUCAACAGGGAUAUUGCAGCUGCCCAGUUGAAAAUAGAAUAUGUUGGUUAUAUAAAAUGCUUAAAAAGACUAGAAAACUGAAAGUAAUGGUGUUCUUUUCAUCCUGUAAAUCUGUCGAUUUUCAUUACGAAUUUUUUAAAACACAUUGCAAAGCAUCAGUACUAAGUAUACAUGGUAAACAAAGCCAACCAAGGAGAAAAGAUGCUUAUCAAACUUUUAUCAAAGCUGAAAAGGGGGCCCUUUUCUGUACAGAUGUAGCUGCAAGAGGCUUGGAUAUUCCAUUGGUGGAUUGGAUAGUUCAAUAUGAUCCUCCAACAGACAUGAAGGAAUACAUACACAGAGUUGGGAGAACAGCAAGAGGUUUAAAUAGUAAUGGCAAUGCUGUUAUAUUAAUAAGACCUGAAGAAGAAGAAUUUAUUGAAUAUUUAAGAAGAGAAAAAGUUUAUCUAGACAAAUAUAAUUUUGGUGACACUCCUUCAGAUGUACAAAAAAUGUUGGAAGAACUUAUAAAACAAGAUGGUACUAUGAAAGUUCUAGCACGAAAAGCAUAUCUUUCAUUUCUAAGAUGCUACAAUAAACAUCCACUUAACAAAGUUUUCAAUAUAAAAAAUCUGAACUUAAAAAUGGCAGCUAAAGCUUUCGGCUUUAUUGAGCAACCGCAUGUAGAUUUUUUGAAAUCUAGAAAAGACAGCAAAUGAAGAAGAAAGACAAGGUUUUUGUACUAUUUGCUAUUAGUUUUGGAAAUAUAAGUAAUAAAACAAUAUAUAA